CCGUUCACCGGUUCAGUUCGUUCCGACGCGACGGCAGACUCGUGCGCAUGCGCGCACAUUGCUAGUAAUCAAAUAAAUACUAAAGGACUAUAUGUGUGAUAUAACUACAGUGCAGUGUUCCAAAAUAAAAUUAUAAAGAUAAUGAGAAGCUAGUGAAACAAUGGAGAUACAGAUGUCAUCCCCUCUAGGACGAGCCCACCUCUCUCAUCUUCCGCAGCGACCACCAAUAAACCUCAGCUUUCAAGAUUUAUCUUACACCGUAUCCAAUGGAAAAGUAUCCAAGUUUAUCCUGCGCAGCAUCAAUGGGGAGUUUCGAUCUGGACAAUUGACUGCCAUAUUGGGUCCUUCAGGAGCGGGAAAAAGCACAUUGCUCAAUGUCCUGGCUGGUUACAGAGUUUUAGGUGCUUCGGGGGUAAUCAGCACCAACGGAAAUCCAAGAGACGUUAAUCUCUUCAGAAAGCUGUCCAGAUAUAUCAUGCAAGAUGAUCUCCUACAGCCCCUCAUCACCGUUCAAGAAGCGAUGUUGAUGGCUGCGGACUUGAAGCUUGGUGAUAACUUGGAUAAGGCCAAGAAGACUGUUGUUGUGGAGGAAAUAAUACAACUUCUAAGACUGAACAAAGCCAGAAACACAGUUACAGAAAAUCUGUCUGGCGGCGAAAGGAAGCGUCUUGCCAUUGCUCUGGAGUUGGUUAACAAUCCACCUGUGAUUUUCCUAGAUGAGCCUACUACAGGGUUAGACGACGUGGCAUCAUCGACUUGCGUAUCGCUAUUAAAACGGGUCGCUCGUGGAGGGCGUACUGUUGUUUGUUCAGUCCACACGCCCUCAGCACGGUUAUUCUCGGUAUUUGACCACGUAUACGUUGUAGCUGAUGGCAGAUGCGCUUAUCAGGGAACUUCAACUGGGGUUGUACCAUUCUUACAGGAAAUAGGCUUACCGUGUCCGACGACGUAUAAUCCAGCUGAUUUUAUUAUUGAAGUAUCAAGUGGGGAAUAUGGGUCCCAUGUUGAUAAAAUGGUACAAGGAGUAGAAAAUGGUCGAUGCGAACGAUGGAGAAACUACGAUAUAGAAGAAUUACAGGGAGGAGAAGAAGAGAUAGAACAAUUGAAUACAGGAGUGAUAGAGAAACACAAUUAUCAUUACGAGAGUACUGGGUACCAGCAGUUCAAGGUGCUGGCUAGACGAAUGGUGUUGCAAACAUCCAGGAAUAGGGGCUACUUAUGGCUUAGGUUCUCUAUGCACCUCUUCAUUGGAACCAUCAUAGGAUCUCUAUUCACGAACAUAGGCUUUGACGGAUCAAAAACAUUAUAUAAUUUCGGAUUCUGCUUUGCCAGCAUCCUUGCAAUGUUGUACACACCGAUGAUGCCUAUUUUACUUGCUUUUCCUACAGAAGUGAUGCUUAUAAAACGGGAGUACUUUAACAGAUGGUACGGCCUAAAACCAUACUUUGCGGCCAUGUUUGUAUCGAGGACGCCUGCGACAAUUUUCUUCGCUCUUAUAUACUUGGCUAUUGUGUAUCCUGCGACUGCGCAGCCUAUGGAGCUAUCGCGAAUAUUCAUGUUCGUUAGUACGUGUAUACUGGUUGCAUUAGUUGCUGAAUCUAUGGGAACUGUUAUAUCUUCUACAUUAAGUAUAGUGAACUCAAUGUUCGUCGGUCCAGUAGUAACAGUUCCUCUAAUGUUAUUAUCAGUAUAUGGCAUUGGAAACGGUGAUGACCCACCUCCUUUAAUCUGGAAGAUGGCAAGGGCCUGUUCUUUCAUGCGAUAUGGACUCGAAGGACUUGUUGUUGCAAUUUAUGGAGACUCUAGGGCAGACCUGAUAUGUCCCGAUGACGUAGAUUAUUGUGAAUAUAGAAAUGUUAAAUACUUCGUCAAGCUAAUGGGUAUGUCUCAAGUAACUUAUUGGUUUGACAUGUGUAUGUUAUUAGUUAUGCUGCUCACAUUAAACCUAGUGGCUUACUACUUGCUACGUCAAAGACUUUCACCUAACUACGCCUUUAGAGCAAUCAAACUUAUUGGCAGAUUUAUCAAGAGCAGAAUGAACAGUUCUCAUUAGAAAGUACUUUGUAAGACUUUCAUUACAACAUUUCAAGCAAUUGUGAACCCUCAGUUUUAUAGUCUAUGGUUUCAAUUCGCUUGCGUGUUACGAGUUAUUUAAAAUAGGACCAUAUCUCUUUUUGUAAUGGUUUUUAACAAUAAGCCGUAUUACUUUCAUCAUAUUAUAACUGUUGAUGAAAUUUGCCAAAGUUAUACUAACAAAUAAAAAAGGAAGUCGCUUAUGAGGUAUAAUGUAUUACGUAAUUAAUCGACCGACGUUUUAAUUUAUUUUAUUCUUUAAAUUAUCCAUGCUAAUUUGGGCUUCACUUUUGACUGUUUUCGGACAAUAUUCGUUGUUAAUUUUUACAUACACGACGUAUUUAAUAUUUAACUUCAAUUGCGCUUUAAAUUGGCUCAAAGAAAACGUUCAAUGAUAUAAUAAUUUAUAAGUCUGAUAUGUAAUUGACGAAACUGUAUUUCCGCAAAG